AUGUGAAGUGCAGCCGGAGUGGAAAAAAAAGAACAAAAAAAAACUAGAAAGAGGACAGAAUGAUUUGAUGACACCUCCGCAGUAUCAUGACCAGAAGCUAUUAGGCAGUAUUAACUGGAUUGGAAAGGAAAAAGAUGAUGGUAUUUCACUUGCAGCCUAAUAGCCAUUGAUAUACUGCACAGACACAGUGGGACUGUCGGCUGACUCGGCUCACACACUCACUCCAGUGCUUAACAAGCCGUGCAAGCGACGGGGCACCGGGCGGCCGGGUGAUAAAUAUUCCAAUGUGCCAAUAAUAGCCGCGGUCAUGAAUUAGUAUUUUAUGCCGGGGAGUUCAAUUACAGGGCCCGGAAUAUGAUUGAUUAGGCCUCAGUCCUACGUUGUCGAUCGGUUGCAGUUAGAGGGGGGUCUCCCGUCGGAUUCUGCCACGAUGACAUCACGGCCAAAUUGAGGUGACGGUCAAGGCAUUCCUCCCGCGUGACAACCCCCUGUCGGACCGGAUGAGGAACGACACAUCAAGAUCCAUCUUUUUUUCCCCCUGCGAUUUUCUUUGAAUCGCGUCAAGACAGAUUUUUCCUGCUUUUCCCCCUUGGCGAACGCUCCCAUUCCCCUUCGCGAGAAAAGAAGCAAGUGCGUCCACGGCUGAUCCUUAUUGUCACAAUCAAUCUGUCUCUCUCUGGCCGAACGCCGGGACGGUUGUGUCCGUGAUUAUAGUCCCGCGGAGGUCCCAGGAGGAACUUAUCUCCAUCAGCCCUGAGUGUAUCGCAAUGGGAAGAGGAGCUUGUAUUGGAAUGGACACUGCGUAAAAACCUCUCUCUCUCACUCAGUGAAGCACAUCAAUUGUCAGCAAGAAGUGACUCGUGGUCAGGUCUGUCAGGAUAUAGACACUAUUUUAUGGAAAGAAGGCAAGGCGGACCCUUUCCAUGGGGGACGAUCACCUCCUGUGCGUGCCCGGGGAAGCCAACUCCAUCGAUGCGGUGAGGGAGGAGGAGGACGAACACCCCAGUGAAUUGCCCUCCGAGCAGAAUUCCGUCAACAACAGGCAGAUGGGGGGACGCAAGCCCAGAAACAUUGCCAGAGAUUUGAAAGACAAGAUGCGUUUCUUGAGAAGGCGACACACCGACAGCUCGCUACGGGACACGGCCGAUAAACUGGACUGUGACAAAUCCACCUUGGUGCAAAACUCUGGCGAGUCGGACGUCAGGAAAUGGUCCGAUUGCUUUGAGAAUCUACUCCAUGACAAAACUGGCCUGGAAGCCUUCAGGAAGUUCUUGCAGACAGAGUUCAGCGAUGAGAACAUUGAGUUCUGGCUGGCCUGUGAAGAGUACAAGACCCUGGACACUAGCGUCCUGGAGAGCCGGGCCCAGCAGAUCUUCGAGGACUACGUGACGAUACAGGCACCGCGUGAGGUCAACCUAGAUUCCAGAACGAGGCUAGAAACGACAGCCAACGUCAACCACCCAGAUGAGAACACGUUCGACCACGCUCAAAAACGGAUAGAAGCUCUAAUGGAGAAGGAUUCGUACCCCCGGUUCCUGCGAUCGGACAUUUACCAAAAACUUCUAAAAGAAUUCAUCAAGAAGUCCAAAUGAGGCUAGAGUGGUUGCACCAUAUAAACAAACCGUCAUCUUUUAAAGUACAAAUAUAUAUAGUUUACAUCACGUUUUAAACUUUGAACACGGACAAAACGGGAAAACUCUUUUAUUGUGCUGUUGUGCAACUCAUUGAGCAGAGGUGAUGUAUAUUUCCGUGUAGAUUUGACGCAGAGAGCUGGACUUGGAAAGGGGCACUGGGCAGGAACCCAUGAAAGUUUGUACAGCAGUUGUGGCUGACGAGCACUCAAUGCACGGUUAUUUUUGUUAUUAAUUUUUUUUUAACAAACAAGGACCACAGGAGUACGUAGAACCAAACAUCUGCAAUAUUAGAAGUGUCGCAAUGGAUUCAGGAGGAGAAAAACAAAGGCGACGACCUUGUGGAGGAUUCUCAGUCCGCCUCGGCAGAUAAUUCCACAGCCCCUGGAUCUUGGGGGAGAUACGAGCUGCUGGUGGCAUCAUCAAGUCGUCAGCAUUGCCAUGGCAACCAGCAAACGUUCAAUGCUGCCUCGAAUCAGAGCGGUGUUGGAAACACGAUACUCUUGAGCCGAAGAGCAGAUCUUGUGCAAUGCUUCAGAUACUUGGAGAAACUGAGAAACAAGGAGGGAGGGAAGCUCAUUGUGUACCUUGCGGCGUCCCGCUCAACUUACCCAGGGGGUUAGCGUCGGAUUUUUUGUUUCCCGAGCAGCGCCAGCAUUGAGAAAUCUCCCACGUUAAGGGUGCUCUAGACAGAACCCAAUAGAAUGUCAUCGUGACUAUUGUCAAUAGCUCUGUACUCAUUUCUCCACUUCAAUUUCUUGACUGCAUGAAUAAGUACACAGCUGAAUUUUGAAUAUGCAGGCUUUCCAUUAACCAGAGCAAAAACAAUAAUUUGAUAUCCUGUUGACAGGGUGUACGGUACCGCAGGAAUCAUUUUACCAAGUAAGCAGGGAGAUUCUUGAGGUAGUUAUUAAACAGGUCAGAAAUGUUUUUCAAAAACUGUGGACAAACCCAGAAGGGAUAAGUACUGGUACAAACAGAAGUGGCAUACUCCCCUUGGUUUCUGGGAAUCAGAGACAGGAUUUCCUUAAACGGCCAAGGAAAUAGGACAAGUGUCAGUCACCCAGUCAGAAUUUAUCAGCUAGAACUCCUGUUAUGAAAUUGGAAGCAAAAGUUAUAAUAGUAUACUUAUUUAUUUACCAGUCAUGGGGAAACAAUUCAUAAUGUUUUAAAACGUGCAGGAAGGGAAACCUUUUUGUUCAAAGGAUGGCAUUGACCUUAGACAAAUUCUGACACCAGACAAAAUUAGAGUGUUUGGAACAUUUUGAGUAGUGCCAUUUGCCGCCCUUCAAUUGGUGGUUGAAAAAUGAAGAGAUUAGAUGAGAAAGCCCUUCAACACGAGCGUUAUCAAAAGCUCCAUCCAAUAAUUUUUGUUUCUUGAACACUUUAAAUUCUUUGUGAAUUACAUUUUUAAAAGUAUUCAAAAAGGAGAGUUCCCAAUUAUUCACAAAAUAAUGUGCUCUGGGUAUUUGUACAUUUGAUUGUCUCAAAAGGUGAAAAAAUGGGAGAAUUUAUGCUAGUGGAUUUUCGAAGUAUCUCAGACUAAGGUGUAACGUAGAAUUCACAAAUUCACUGAAUUCUGUCCCCAUCAUUCUAGAUUAUCUUGUUUUUUCCCAACAAAAGCAGGAUAAUUUGAAUUGCAGUUGCUUGACAGUGGAAAGUUGAGGGUUUGGUUUAAAAAAAUGAAAUUGUUCCUGUUAUGUUUUGUCUCAGAAGAUGUUUCUCACGGCGAUCAAAGUGUGUGAAUUUGCAAAUGCAGCUUUUAGUGUUAGUUCGUAUUUUGUAAUUUUUGUUUUUAAAGGGAGGUCAUCCUGUGAUCUAGUUGAGGCACUCAAAAUUUUCUGCCUCACAAAUGAGGGAACAAAUGAAAAACUAAUUCUCACUUGGUCUUUUCUCCCUCAACUGGUAAUCAUAGAACAAUGAGCAAACAUUCUCUUUCACGCACAGUUGAGGCCUUAUUUAAACAGUGAACUAAAGAAACAUUACAAACCACUCGAGAACAUCGCAAGUCCCCACUGCAGUGAAAUGAACAAAGAAUUUCUCACUAUUGAUAAGAAAUAUUUCUGACGAACUUGAAGGGUUGAUAACAAACGUUUCAAGAGGGACUGGAAUCGUAGGGAUAUGGCUGCACUUUUUCCGUGAUGAAAAGCGGUAAGACACCACCCUGAAGAUUUCAAGGUGUCUGUGCUCUGCACAGACAUUAGGAUUUCAAGACAAAAUGAAUGGCUUGCCUCUGCAUAAUAUUGGUCAGUGGUGUAGCUGCACUGUAUUAGAUGUUAUCUAGUUAAUCCUUCAUUGACCACACUUUCUCACAGUGCGCCAUGCUUCAAAUUUUCUGAAAUGAGGCCAAUGUUUGUGACCUUUUCAAAUGCUUGAAUGUUACACAACAGCACGCACAGAAAACUUGUAAGCUCUACUUACUCCGUCAGCAAGCACGUGCUGACCAGGGAGAAGACGAAAGGGCAGGCUGACAUCUGACUGUCCUGGUUACCGUUUGCAAUGCAACAAUAGGAUGUCCGUCCAAGAUACCACAGCCUCACACCAUUGCAUCCUGAGUACCGUUGAUGCAUGAACAGUCAAUGUGGCUUGUCUCCGCAAAUGGACACGGUUGCCAGGCAACGGAGUGCCCUUUCCAAUAUAUAGUGACGUCCUAACUGUUCGGUUGGUUUUUCAAACCUUUCUGGAAAAAAAAAGGUGGGAUUCACUGACAAUUGGCAUGUUCUGUGGUCACUGAAGGGCGAACAGGGACUGGAGGGGUAACCAUUAGUCGUGUACAAUGUAUUAAAUAGUUGGCACAGUGUAGUACAUGUGUCUCGGUCAAAACAAUUUGCAUAGUGAUGUGCAACUCCUAGGUAUGGGCUGGGGUGAGCUGGUUUUCCACAAUAUAUAUAUAUAUACAUAUUGGCUAAUGUUAUCUGAACUCAAAUUAUGCAAUUAAAUAUGGUUUUGUCAAAAAGCUGCUUCUCGGCAAAACGGGGAGGGGCGAAGACUAGGGGCUAAGUAUUUCUUUCCUUAUUGACGUGUAUUGAAAUGCUAAAGUGCUACAAAUACAGGUCUAAGUUUAACAUGAAAUGUUUGAUCAGCUCAAUGGUUCUUUCUCUUUUCUUUAUGCUGUGGAAAUUUGUUACUCAAUAUAAGCAACUCUCAAUGUUUCUCCUUUUCUUGUUUUGCCGUGAGGUAAGCCUAGGUAUGUAAUUUAUUCCAGAGAAGUGAGAAAGAUUUUAACUUUUUUUAGAUUUCCGUGUACAUGUAUAUAAUUGCGAAUAGGUGUAUAUGAAAAAAAAAGAUUUUAGUGUACAGAGUGUAUAAACAGACGAGAUCAAGAAAUGUUUUCCACUUUUUUUUUCAUUUGGUACUUAUACUGUACACAUAUUUGCUAACGGCAUGCAAUUUAAUGAAUAGAUAAAAUAUAUGGAUAUUGAUCUGAUCUGACAAAAUAGGGCCCUCCCUUAAAAAUCCUCAGAUUCAGUGAUCAGGUUUUACCUCUUCUGUUUACUAUUUUUGGUCGACCUGAUUACCCGAAAGUCCCUCUGCAGCUAGGAAUUUUCGUGUGUCUCUGUUCCAUGACACAUCCUGUUGGAAUCAGGUGUGUUUCACGUUUAACAGAGGCAUUUAAUUUGAAAGUUUAGCGACUGUCAUGCCUGUCUGCCUGGACUUCUUGUAAAGGAUUACCGAUGGAAGGAUUGCUGGCAUUACUAAUGUUUCAUAAAAUCCCUCUUCCACCGCAGAAUACUGUAGGGAAAUCAAGUCAGCAAAUGAUACUAGUGAUAGACGUCCUUACCAAUUUCUGUCGUCCUGGUGUAUAUUCCAGACUUUAGACAUUUACAAUGUAGCUGUAGAUUUUCUUUUUUUUUUAAUGGGGACGGCCGUCCUUUUAGUUCCUGAUUCACUGCUGUCUCUCUGUGGAGGGCUGCAACUUUAUUUCAGGAGCAAAUUGUUUCUGGGGGAACAAAAAAAUAUGAAAAAAUUGUGCUUGAGUUUGUAACUUUCCACAGUUCAAAGAAGGGUAUACGUGUAUAUAGCAUUUACCAUGACCCCUAUAGAGAAGUGUAUAAGUACAUUAGACGUCAUUUUACCUUUCAUUGGUUCAAAAAGUUAUUUUGUGAUAAGUAUUUGAAAUGGUGCAGACUUUGGAACUUUAAGGUUUGCUGUGCUUUUCUAAGUAAUAGAUUAAAUGCUUUUUUGACGCAAUUGUGCUGAGUAUGAUUGGGCAUAUACAUGUAGAUGAUCAGAUUUUCCUCAGCCAUUGUUGUAAUCCCUAACUACAACUCAGCUGGAGUGAAUAUUUUUUAUCAAGUUGCUGACUUGCCAAUUUUUUUCUUUUCUGAAUACAAUUUUGUGUUCAGUUUCAGUGUUUACCAUGAUAUCAACAUGGCUACAUUCUGUCCAUUUUGAAGAAAUCAGCUUGAAAUCACCACCCCAAACUAACCACUUGAUGAAAAUGUACACUACUUUUCAAUAGAGAAAACUAUUUUGUCACCAGCAAAGUAUCUAUCAAUUAAUUACCUAGUUACUCUAAAUCCUAAAAGCAGUUUAUGUGUAAAAUAAUUUUUUAAAGUGUAUGGAAAUCCAGAUAGUUUCUGUGAAGUCCAAAAGUUGCCAAUCUGCGGAAUAAAAGUCUGAAGUAUUAGUUUUAUUCUUCUGUAAUAUACAGGAGCAUGUCUUUCUGUCUGUUCUAAAACUCAACUGUCUGUACCGAGCAAUUUUACUAUAAGGUUACUUUUCAGAUUUGUUCAUAUGUACAGUAACGUUAAGUGUUCUUGCGAUUAAAUGGAAAAACCAAACAUGCAAGAAUACCUUUGGAAACAUUUCACACAAUGUUGUAAUAAACCAUUUCUCACAUAAAAGUGGC